UAUAUUAUUUCAUUAGGGAAGGUUGAUUUAUUUAUAGGAGAAAAUUUUAACAAGUGACAUUUUUUCAUAUAAAUUUUGUAUUCGUGAACUAAUUUAUUGUGUCAUGUGGAGAAACUAUCAAAGAAUUUACAAAUGAGGGUGGCCUUGAAAUUUGAUAUUAGUAUUUGUGUGAUUCAGAUAUUAGUAUCUUGUGCACAAUGCGAGCUAAUUGAUACACUUGUUAUAGAUUCUGCUAAGCAGCAACGUCUUGACUUUCAGAACACUUACGUUUGAGACGUAAUUUUAUUUUUUGUGGUAAAGCUUAAUGUUUUUAUUUGUAUGUUAUAAUGAUGAUGAUUAUAUUCUUUCUGUUCCAUACAACAUUUUAAAAAAAUUAGAAUCCUAAUCAUGAAAGAAAAAACACUGAAUAAAAAACUUUAGUGUUAAAAGGGCUUUAGAGAGUUUAGACCUUCAAACUUUUUUUUUCUUAAUUAAGUGACUCCCAAACAAAGUUAACCCCUCCUAACUCGUCACUUCUCCUAAACACAACUUUCAAAUAUAGUUUAAAGGUACUGUGAAUGAAGUUUCCCUACAACAACCACCAAGUCUAUCCCAUUAACUACAGCUACAAUCCUCUUUUUUUUUCUCUUGUGAAGCAGUGAAUAAGAGAAAGCAAACAUGGAAGAAGAGACAAAAGUCAUUUCAGAAGUUCCAGUGACAAAGGUUGUUGAGGAGGUGGAUCAUAAGAGUGAAAGCAUUAAGGAAACAAAUGGAGACUUGCCUCAAGUAAUAAGUGAAGUAAAGAAAGAAGAGGAAGAAAGUGCCUUUGACGGUGAAUUCAUUAAAGUUGAGAAAGAAGAGAAUGCCAUAGAUGAUAAGUCCCAUAAAACCGAAAGAAGCUCAGAUCCUCCAAGCAGAGAAUUUCUAGAAGCACAAGAGAAGAUACAGGAACUUGAGGUUGAACUCCAAAGACUAGCACAAUCUUUGAAGACCUCUGAGCAUGAAAAUACUCAGCUGAAGGGAGAGAUCUCAGUUACAAAAGAGAAAUUGGAGGAAAGUGGAAAGAAACAUGAAGAACUUGAAUUAAGUCACAAGAAAUUGCAAGAGCAGAUUAUUGAAGCCGAGAAUAAAUAUAAUCUUCAGCUCAGCACUCUUGAAGAGGCACUGCAAAGUCAAGAAGUGAAACAGAAAGAGCUGUUUCAAGUGAAAGAAGCGUUUGAUGGGAUGAACCUUGAGCUUGAAAAAUCCAGAAAGAGGAUGCAGGAAUUGCAGCAUGAGCUGCAAUAUUCGGUAGAUGAGGCGCAGAAGUUUGAGGAGCUGCAUAAGCAAAGUGGUUCACAUGCUGAGUCUGAGGGAAAGAAGGCCUUAGAAUUUGAGAGGCUACUUGAAGAAGCCAAAUUGAGUGCAAAAGGAAUGGAAGACGAGAUGGCUUCCCUAAAGGAAGAAUUGAAGGGAGUUUAUGACAAGAUUGCUGAAAAUCAAAAGGUUGAAGAAGCCCUUAAAACAACUGCAGCAGAACUCUCUUCCGUCCAAGAAGAGUUGACACUCUCAAAAUCCCAGCUAUUGGAAGUUGAGAAAAGACUGUCUUCAAAGGACUCUUUAGUGGAUGAGUUGACCCAAGAAUUAAACCUGAUAAAGACUUCAGAAACACAGAUAAAAGAAGACAUAUCAGCACUUCAAAAUCUAUUUGCCUCUACAAAGGAAGAACUGCAAGAAAAAAAUUCUGAGUUGGAAACUGCAAGGCUCAAAUUGCAGGAGGAGGAAAAAUUGAGGGAAUCAGUUGAAGCUGCAUUCAAGAGUCAGGAGGCACAGUUUCUCACUGUACAAGAGGAACUGACUAAACUCAAAACAGGAAAAGAAAGUUUCGAAGCUACAGUGGAAGAUCUAACCCAUAAUGCAAAGAAGCUGGAAGAAUUGUGCUCUGAUUUAGAGGAAAAGCUAAAGCUUUCGGACAAAAAUUUUCUUAAAACAGAUUCUCUUUUAUCUCAGGCACUUUCAAACAAUGCAGAGCUUGAGCAGAAGGUGAAGUCUUUGGAAGACCUGCAUAAUGAAUCUGGAGCAGCUGCAGCUACUGCUACUCAAAGGAGUAUUGAACUUGAGGGAAAUAUUCAAGCUUCAAAUGCAGCUGCAGAAGAGGCUAAGUCACAGCUGAGGGAGCUAGAAGCGCGUUUCAUAGCAGCCGAGCAGAGGAGUGUGGAGCUUGAGCAACAAUUAAACUUGGUACAAUUGAAAACCAGUGAUGCUGAGCGAGAAGUAACUGAAUUAUCUGAGAAAAUAUCGAAUCUCAAUGCUAAAUGGGAAGAGGCUGAAGAAGAAAAGAAUCUUCUUAAUAGCCAACUGCAGGAGUACACGGAAAAGAUUAGCCAACUUGAAUCAGAUUUAAAUCAAUCAUCUAUGCAGAGUUCACAAUUAGAGGAAGAGCUGAAGAUAGUCAACAACAAAUGUUCUGAGCAUGAAGACCGAGCCACAAUGAAUCAUCAGCGUAGCAGAGAACUGGAAGAUUUAUUCCAGAGCUCUCACUCCAAAUUGGAAGAUGCUGAUAAAAAGGUUAGUGAGUUGGAGUUGUUACUUGAAGCGGAGAAAUACAGAAUUCAGGAACUUGAGCAACAAAUAGGCGCAUUAGAAGAGAAAUGCAGCAGUUCAGAAGCACAAGCUAAUAAACACCUUGAUGAUGUGUCUAAUCUGACAUCAGAACUUGAGGCAUUUCAGGCACGAAGCUCAAGUCUUGAACUUACACUGCAAGCAGUUAAUGAAAGGGAAAAGGAAUUAGAAGAUUCUUUGAGUGCAGUGACAGAUGAAAAGAAAAGGUUAGAAGAUGCUUCAAACAGUUUGAAUGAGAAGCUCGCCGAGAAAGAAAACCUACUUGAAAUUUUGAGGAAUGAUUUAAAUCUUACACAAGUUAAAUUGCAAAGUACUGAAAAUGAUCUCAAGGCUGCUGAAUUGAGAGAGAGCGAGCUAAAAGAUAAACUUCAAGCUUCUGAAGAAAAUCUUGAAGUAAGAGGAAGAGAUGUAGAGCAGACUACCGCAAGACACUCAAAACUUCAAUUGUUACAUGAAUCUCUGACGAGAGAUUCAGAACAGAAACUCCAAGAAGCUAUAGAAAAGUUCAACAACAAGGAUUCUGAAGUUCAAUCUUUGCUUGAGAAAAUUAAGAUUUUGGAGGAAAGUAUGACUGAAGCUGGGGAGCAAUCCACAUCCUUGAAGAGUGAAUUUGAAGGGAGUUUGAGCAAACAGGCUUCUUUGGAAAGUGAAAAUGAAGAUUUGAAACGAAAAAUUUUAGAAGCCGAGGAAAAGAAUUCUCAGUCUUAUACUGAUAAUGAAUUAUUGGUUGGAACAAACAUUCAACUAAAAACUAAGAUUGAUGAACUUCAGGAAUCACUGAACCGUGCUCUAUCAGAGAAGGAAGCCACUGCUCAAGAACUUGCGUCUCAUAAGAACACAGUAGCUGAACUGAACGACGUACAAUCAAAAUCUUCUGAAAUUCAUCGUGCAAAUGAAGCUCGCAUCCUGGAAGUAGAAUCACAAUUACAAGAAGCAUUGCAGAGGCAUAAUAAGAAGGAAUCAGAAGCCAAAGAAUUGAAUGAGAAGCUGAUUACACUACAGGACCAAAUAAAGUUGUUUGAAGAACAGGCUCAUGAAGCAGUUGCAGCUUCUGGAACUCAUAAAGCUGAGCUUGAAGAGAGUCUCACAAAAUUAAAGCAUCUUGAAACAGUCAUUGAGGAACUGCAAAACAAGUCACUCUACCAUGAAAAGGAAACUGCAGGACUAAAUGAAGAAAAGUCAAAGCUUAAUCAGGAAAGAGGUAUCUAUGAAUCCAAAUUAAGUGAUUUACAGUCGAAGCUCUCUGCAGCACUUGUUGAAAAGGAUGAAACAGUUAAAGAGAUACUCACGUCAAAGAAUGCCAUUGAAGAAUUAGUGACAAAGCAUAGUGCGGAACUGCACACAUUAAAUUCUCAGAUAUCUUCAGUAACGGAUGAGAAGAACUUGCUCAAUGAGACUAAUCAGAAUUUAAAGAAGGAACUUCAGUCUCUGAUAUCUGACCUUGAAGAGAAGUUGAAAGAACAACAGAAAAUUGAAGACUCUCUGAGAUCUGAGAUUGAAACUUUUAAAAUUGAGAUUGCUGAGAAAUCUGCAUUGCAAAGUCGGCUGAAGGAAAUUGAAGGACAACUGAUUGCAUCUGAAUCUAGAUUAAAUGAAGAGGUUGGAACUGUUCAAGCUGCUUCUCAAAGAGAAGCAGAAUUAAGUUCAAAAUUGGAAGACUAUGCACAAAAAGUCAAUGAUAGUAAUGCGCUAAAUGUAGAGGUUGUAGAACUUGAGAAAGAGUUACAACUUGCACAGGCUACCAUUGCAAACCAGAAAGGAGCAGAAUCUCAGAAGUUGGAACUAGAGGCAACCCUUAAGAAUUCUCUUGAAGAACUUGAAACUAAGAAAAAGGAUAUCUCUAUUCUACAGAAACAAGUGACAGAUCUAGAGCAGAAAUUGAAACUGGCUGUUGAUAAAUCCUCUGUUAAGGGUGACGAGGGUGUUGAUCAGAAAGAUGGGUUGGAAGUCAAAUCGAGGGACAUUGGAUCAAGCAUCACAACUCCAUCAAAAAGGAAGAGCAGGAAAAAAUCAGAGGCAACAACUUCUCAAACAUCAUCUUCCUCGGAGACACAUAUUCAAAGUGGCCAGGUUUCACCUGUCAUAAAUUUCAAGUUCAUCUUGGGAGUGGCUCUUGUGUCCAUUAUCUUUGGCAUAAUUCUUGGGAAGCGUUAUUAGUAUCACAGUGUAUGUAUGUCUUUUGGUUUUGCUAUUCAUCAUGGUUUUUCUAUUUUUUUUUUCCCCUUUUGCCGUUGAUUAAGAUUAUAUACAUAUGAUUGAAAGCUCUCUUUGCUUGCUUUCAAGCUCAGAAGUCUUCAGGUUGGUCAGGGAACUUGUUUUCAUUCAUAUCCCUUGCCUGUGUGUAAAAAAGAAAUGGGGGUUGGUUAAUGUUUUUGUUUUAAAGUUUGAACUUUUAAUAAUUUUAAUGCGAGUUGUUUUUUCUAUGGAGCACAUUUUCUUUCUCAAUUGAUGGAGAAUUUGGGGCAGCUAGAAAACUAUGUACCUUGUUUUUUGGUCCAAAAAUGAUGGUGUAAAGAUUAAAGACCCUACUCUCUCUCUCUCUCCUGUGUAUGAUAUUUGAAAAAAAAAAUUGUUAGUACAUUAUAAAAUUUGAAUUUACCUUU